AUGAAUGCUUUAAGAAAGCAGUAUCAACUGAAGCGGUUUAGGGAGAGAAAUAUCGCUAGGAAAACGGAUUCCUCCAGGACAACGGAUUUCGCCACAAUACUUCUUAAGAUUCUUCACGAGCGAAGAGGUUUCGGCGCCUCGGAUGCUAGAGAUAUGGUAUUCGCUCACGUUGCUCUUUGUGCUGAUGGUGCCUUCCACGUUCCCAAGACCUUAAAAGCCGAUUACGGGAAAACAGCCAAAGAAGUCUACGAAGAGACAGCGGCAUAUAUCAUGGCGCACACAUCUGGCUUCGGAAUCCUUGCGUAUGUAGAGGAAUUAGAGGUCAGACCACAUAGAGAAAGGUUCGCAACAUGGUGUCCGGAUUGGACGACGAAUCUCAUCCCCAAAUCCAUGACCCGGGAGGAUCAGCAAUAUUCCCUCCUGCUAGUGCCUAGCCUCACAGAAUCAAUCUGUCAGCGUAUCUUUCCAUCAAUCAUCGCAUGUUAUGGCUUUAUCAUGAGCCCCAUCUCAUCCGUCACCGGUACGCUCUCACCAAUAGACGAUCGUUUCUGGAUUGGGUCACACUUUGUAACUCUUGACAAAGACGAUUGGGUUGAGGAGCAGAUCUUAUCUCGUUGGGAAGAAUUUUUAGAUCCUGAGAUCAAUCAGGGUCAAUUCGUUGAUGUGGCUACCGAGAGAAAUUCCACAAGACAUUCCCUGACCUUCAAACACCUUAGGCAUCUUUGUAUCGAUCUCCGGAGAGGGGACCCCAACAACUCAUGUCUCAACGGACGUAGAUUUGCUAAACUGGUCUUACCAGACUCAGAAAGAGGACGUUCUGAUUCUGACUACGAAGAUGACGGUAAAGUUGUCCGAACUCUAGGAGCAUUACCAUUCCUCAAAUCGGAGUUUCUCCUUGUUCCUGAUUCCGCACGCCCAGGCGAUGUCUUAUGUCUACUUGGAGCAGACGCAAAGCCAUUCCUCCUACGCCCUUCCUUCCAGAACAAUCUCUUUUGACUUCGGUCGGCACUAAGAUUGAAGAGGUGAAAAUAAAUGCAAAGCUCGAUGCAGAUCAGGAAUUCGAUAGGAUCGAGCACUUUACAUUUGUUGGACAGUGCUCCUUUCCUUAUUGGAGGUCAUCUUGUCUUUCUGGGGAACUCCGAUCUAAUUUUGUGAAGAAGCAUCAAAGUGUCAUUGUUCUUCAUUGAAAUGUCGAGACAGAUGGUUCUGCGCACGAACGAGCAACACAUCUAUAAUUUACUGGGU